AUGGCUGAAGCCGCUUGCAAAGGUUUCACCGCACUCAACACCAUCAAAACGAUCAUUGCGGAGCUCAAAAAAGUAGAUAAAUCGUUCACACCGGCAUCGGCUCAGUAUAAAUUCCUUACCGAGCAAAUGAGAGCCGAUCAGGUGACGACUCGGCGGUAUUCCAAGGCGGAAAAUGAGUCGGAGAGCGUCGCGAAGCUCUAUUUGAGCUAUAUUCAGGGAACUCGCCGACUAAACGAGCUUCAGGAUCGAUACAAGGGUGGCGAGAAGACCGUAGAAGAGAGCGCGAAACUUGCAAUUGUUCGAUUUUCAGCACUAAAAAUGAGCAAGACACCUGCUCCGGACACUGAUCGGAACAAAUACGCGUGGCUGGUCCACCCGGCGAAGGAUCUGGUCGAGAAUUUCUCGAUUGAUGUGUUGAAAGCUCUUUCCGGCUAUUUGGAGCAAAUCCAACGCGAAUCCGAUGCUCAGGAAGGGGUACAAGACGCGACGGCCGGCGCCGUUUUCCAAUUCUUCGAUUUUCAACAAGCCUGCCGGAUUCUGACCGGAUCCGCUGGGGUCUACGCGAAAAAAGUGGAUCACGUGCUUGAAUUGACACUUUCAGUGAUGGACCUGAUGGAGAACAAGGAACCUGGAAGUGCUGAAAAUGGCGGAAAGCGUGGGCGUGGAGCGAGAAGAGUCGUGAAUCUUGGAUCAACGAACUACGAUUUGGUGGAUAUUUGGGCGAUCAAAAGGGAGGCUCUUCAGAACUAUGAUAAGGCUGUUAAAGAAGAGAAGAAGGCGAUCGACGCACUUCGAAUGGUGGACAACGCGGAGAUUCAAGAAGCGCAAUACGAGCGAAAAUCGUGUCUAAUCGAGAAGCCGACACAGUUCUUGUUCAAGCUGGAUUACGGUCAAUUGAUGCGAACCGACGAGCAGAUUCAAAACGCUAAGUCACGAGCGGAUGUGAUUGGAAAAGUCAAGGACUUCUAUGUGAAGACGUCGGAGAUUGUGUACGAUCACGAAACGCUGAUUUCCCACGACGACUACGCGAAGAAUGUGGGCGAAUUCACUCUGCCAGGCGCCAGAUGGAUUCCGGAUAACAAGGAGUUGGCGGCGAACUUUGGUGUCGCUGAUGUAGAAAUCGAGCUGGAUGAGGAGCAGGGAAAAGAACAGAUCAACGCUUAUGGACCGUAUACGGAUCCCCUGUCGGGUCGUGAAGUCGUCGCACCGCCUCGUUGGUUCGUCGAACAGGAAGCUACUCGACAGCAUCUGGAGAUUCAGUCACGUGCCACGUCACGAGCCUCGAAAGCAGCGAUGAGGGAUUCACAGGGAACACAGAAUACCCAACGCUACUCCCAACGUCAAUCCCAGCCACUCAUCGAACGUCACCGUAACAAUCUGAAUGAAUUCGUCUCGUUUGUCGAAGGACGAAUGAAUAAGAACCGCCCGUCUACUCAUUUGAACACUGGCCUAAUUGAUAUGUUCGUCGACCAGUUUGGCGACGAAAUGGGCGGAGCCAGCGAGCCGAUGGGCGGAGCCAGAGACCAGAAUUAUGAUUUUGACGACGAUUUUGGAGGGGAUUUCGGUGAAGGAGGGGACGAGGACUCGAACGAUUAUGUUCGAAAUUUGACACGGAGAAAUGUGAGGAAGGAGGCGGCGCCGUGGGAUGAUUUGGAGAAGAUUAAGAUUCCGUUGUACACCGGGGAUGAAGAUUUGCCAGUAUCCCGAAAACCAGUCAAAGCCGUCUUCAAAACGCAACCAACGCCCUCCGAAUUGCUCCGUCGCAAGCAGCUUCGCCAAUCGAAAAUCCAAAAAUCGCGUCGUGACGAAUUCAUGGAGACGCACGACUACCUCCAGGACUUCUACUACUGGAGAAGUGCCGCGCGUAUCAACCCGAAUAAGGACUGGAAAAUCGAGGCACUCCGAUCGUCGAUUCUCACCGAAAAGAAGCGGCGAAUCAGGGAGAAGACGCAGAAGAUUCGAGAGAUUCGAGCUCAGAGAUUCCAAGCGAUUCGUAGGAAGCCACGUGGCGUUCCGGUGGAGGAGUUUGAGGGAAUACAGUUGGGUGGUGGUCCAGAUGAAAUGGUUUUGGAGAAUGAUGGAAAUCCAGAAGAGCAUGUGGUUGGAAAUCGAAGAACGAUGGGAGUGGAGUUCGACGACGUCGUUGAUGAGGAUCUAGCCGCUGAGGUGGAACUGGACGAAUUCGGUGGUGGUGGCUACGAUAUGGACAUGGAUUACGAUGGACAAGUGGACCCACAACACCAAAUUGCCAAUCCGGCGACCGCUCCAAUGCCAGACUACGAUUUCGAGGCACCGUCGAUGGGUGGGGAUACGGUAGCAGCAGCUGCUGCUGCUGCUGCUCCAACGAAACCAUUGCUAUUCGAGGAUAUCGAUGAUGCCGAGUUGAAUACGGUCAUCAAUUUGCCCGGAAGCUUGUUCAUUAAUAAGGCCCUUCCACUGCUCAAAAAGUUUGCCGAGCACAAAACGGACCGUGACCAAAUGGCGUACGAAAUGGCGAAGGCCUAUGAAGACGUUGACGUCGCCGUGUCGUGUCUUCAGGAUCAAGUCGACAAGUGGCAUCAGAAGAUGGAGCCGAUUCUGGAUGAGGGAGAGACCAGGAAGGAGUAUGAUGUCCACCUCGUUGGCCGUAACGUUCUGGCGAACUACGAUCAAGCUGGCGAAACGAAGCGUCUGAUCGACCUGAUCCUAGGUCGACCAUGGUUCGAGAUUAGUCGAUACUUCCUCGCUUGCCUGUUCAUGUGCAAUAUGGGAAAUGUGAUGGUUGAUGAGGAUCGAGAGCUCCCGCUGGAGGAACGAAUCAAUACCAUGAAAAUCACACUGAUCCAUAAGAAUAUGCACUCGGAUCAGAUUGCGAAGCUCUCGGCGCCCGAUGAGUAG